GAAGGGUUUAGAAGCUAAUUAUGAUGUUGAUCCAUAUCUAUAAUAUUCAAUUCAAAUAUUUCCAAAGGUAAUAUGAGAAAACAACGUUGUCCAUCCAUCCAUCCAUUUGCUAUCGCUUGUCCCUUUCGGGGUCGCGGGGAAGUCGCCACCUCAUCACAGGGCCAACACAGAUAGACAGACAACAUUCACACUCACGAAUCGCAAUUUUUACCAAUCAAUGGUGAGUGCAUGGCGUGGUCCAUGAACGCAUCACUUCCUAACAGACAUUCAUAAUAUAAGCAGUUAAAUACUUGUUUUCAAGUUUACUCAAAUAAUUUAGAUCGAGGUGAGUUUGAAGGGUAUAGAAGCAAAUUAUGAUUUUGAUCAAUAUCUAUAAUUACAAUUCAAAUAUUUUCAAAGGUGAGAAAACAACGUUGUCCAUCCAUCCUUCCAUCCAUCCAUCCAUCCAUCCAUCCAUCCAUUUCUACCGCUUGUCUCUUUCGGUGUCGCGGGGAAGUCGCCACCUCAUCACAGGGCCAACACAGAUAGACAGACAACAUUCACACUCACGAAUCGUAAUUUUUACCAAUCAAUGGUGAGUGCAUGGCGUGGUCCAUGAACGCAUACUUGUUUUCAAGUUUAUCAAAUAAUUUAGAUCGAGGUGAGUUUGAAGGGUAUAGAUGCAAAUUAUGAUUUUUAUCAAUAUCUAUAAAUACAAUUCAAAUAUUUCCAAAGGUAAUAUGAGGAAACAACGUUGUUCGAAUCGUAUAUUUUUUUUACCAAUCAACGGUAAGUGCAUGGCGUGGUCCAUGAACGCAUCACUUCCUAUGGCUUCCUCCCUCCCUCCCUCCUUCCCUCCAUCCAUCAGUGGAUCGUUAGCCGGGCAGCUAGCAGCUCACUAGGCCACAGGGGCCGCCGGUGCAUCCUCAGCUUCCAGCCAUGGCGUUGGUCACUCUGCAGCGGUCCCCGACCCCCAGCGCCGCGUCCUCCGCCAGCACAGCGACGACGACGGCGGGCGAGGAUUUUGGGAGUGAAGAUGAACGACGGAUGAAUCAAAGCUUGAGUGAGAGCUUCUUCAUGGUGAAAGGUGCUGCACUCUUCCUACAGCAGGGGAGCUCUCAGCAGGGCCAAAAAGUGCAUCCUCACCACAAACAUGCAGGUGAUUUACCUCAACACCUGCAGGUGAUGAUAAACAUUCUUCGUUCAGAGGACCGGAUAAAACUGGCGGUGCGGCUGGAGAGUGCGUGGUUAGAUCGUGUGCGAUACAUGGUAGUUUUAUACACCAGUGGACGGCAGGACACGGAGGAGAACAUCCUGCUGGGAAUCGACUUUACUAACAAAGACUGCAAAAGCUGUUCAAUUGGCAUGGUGCUGCCUCUGUGGAGUGACACUAAAAUCCAUCUGGAUGGAGAUGGGGGCUUUACUGUGAACACGGCGGGUCGGACUCAUGUCUUCAAACCUGUGUCAGUGCAGGCCAUGUGGUCCGCUCUCCAGGUGCUGCAUAAGGCAUGUGAGGUGUCCCGCAGAUACAACUACUUCCCUGGCGGGAUGGCUCUCACUUGGAUGGGAUACUAUGAAAGCUGCAUUGCUUCAGAGCAGAGCUGCAUCAAUGAAUGGAACACCAUGAAGGACUUGGAGUCGACACGUCCCGAUUCGCCCACCAUGUUUGUUGACAAGCCUUCAGAGAGAGAAAGGACAGAGUGCCUUAUUAAAUCCAAACUUCGCAGCAUCAUGACUUGCCAGGAUCUUGAGAAUGUCACAUGCAAACAGAUCCGCACUGAGUUGGAGCAGCACAUGAGCUGCAACCUUAAGGGAUUCAAAGAGUUCAUAGACAACGAGAUGCUGUUGAUUUUGGGCCAGAUGGACAAAGCAACACUUAUCUUUGACCACGUCUAUCUGGGCUCUGAAUGGAAUGCCUCCAAUCUGGAAGAGCUCCAAGAGACAGGGGUGGGCUAUAUCCUCAAUGUUACCAGGGAGAUAGACAACUUCUUUCCAGGCACAUUCAGUUAUCACAACAUACGUGUGUACGAUGAAGAGGCCACUGACCUGCUGGCUCAUUGGAACGAUACGUACAACUUCAUUGUUAAAGCAAAAAAGAACCACUCCAAGUGUCUUGUUCACUGUAAGAUGGGCAUCAGCCGAUCCGCCUCUACAGUCAUUGCUUAUGCAAUGAAAGAGUUCGGCUGGUCGCUAGAGAAGGCAUACAACUUUGUCAAGGAAAAGAGGAGCAUCACACGACCGAACGCAAGUUUCAUGCGACAGCUGGCAGAGUACGAGGGCAUCCUCGAUGCGAGCAAACAGAGGCACAACAAGCUGUGGCAUCCAGAUGCAGACUGUGACAUGGCAGAAGGCCAGCAGGGCUUGGCUCUGUGCUGUGGGGAGGACGACCACAUCACCCCAGAACCAGGGAUGUCUCCCUGCUGUGAAGACUCGCUGCCGGAUAAAGGCGCAGCAGGCCCCUCCCCUUGCCGAAAAGUGGCCCUGGAAAUCGACCCCGCCUACAACAACUAUUAUUUCCGCCGGCUCUCUGACUCCGCGCUAGACAGUGAGCCCUCAACGCCUGUGCGUGGCCCCCCUCUCCUUGGCAUGGAGAAGGUCUUCAUCGAAAUCGAGGACGUCGAGCGAGAUGCUCUCCUGGAUGACGAAGCGUUCGAUGGGCGCGAAAGUCUGGGGCUUCCCCCUUUUGGGUCCACCUCGGAGGGCACCGCUGCCCAGACAUGCAGUCGUGGCCCAGAGCCGCUGGAGGAGCUGCGAUUACGACUGGAAUUUAGCACAGUAGAGGAAGAGGAUGAGGAGGAUGUGCAAAAGGAGGAGGCAGAAAUGGAGGUACUAAUGCAGCCAGACGAUGGAGGGGGCGGCAAUGGAGGUGGGGGAGCAGAGGAAAGCCAAGAUGUGGAGGUGGAAGUAGAUAGUGAGGUUAACAGCAUGGACCUGGCAACCCUAAAUGACAAUUGCAACAAUAACAACCGAUUGACCUCACAACGGAACCUCAAUGGAAAAGCCACACCUCUUGAAGCCAACGUGUCUUUACUAAAGGAUGUUUCGCCAACUUCCCUUUCAAAUCCUUGCCUUAAGCCCAGUCCUGCUCAUUCCCCAAGUGCCCCAUCUCUGCUGUCCCAGGCCUCUCCUGAAGACCUCCAGUGUUCGGUUGGACUCCUGUCUCUCUCCGACUGUGCCGGCUUCGCUUCCCUUUGCUCUACACUUGUCCCUGUUGUACGGCAGCAGCUGGCAGACUCUCGACCUGUUGUGGGGAUGAAGGACUGUGGCGAUAUGUCGCAUGUAAACAUGGACGUCGAAAGGGGGAUGUCUGUUGAGGCGCUCCCUGAGCUGGUGACCAUGUUAGACAAAGAUACUCUUGCUGAGGCUGGCUGCCUGCAAAAGGAGACCCUUGUGGAGCUGCGGCGGUCUGGUUUAGUGCGCCGACAAGCGGAGAGACUGGAGAGACUUUCAGGUGUGACCCAGGAGAGUCCUCCAUCCCUGAAGCCUGUGCAUGCUUGCCAAACGCAGACGAAGACCUCACACGCUGAGGAGGAGGAAGAGUUGGGCAUCAGCACGGCUUAUUUGAAAUCAUCUGCACCGUGUCAAGUACGGUUAGAGCCGCUGAUGGUUCCACUCGCCAAUGAAGCCUUGUUUGGGGCGGUGGGGUCGGGGGUGCGCACCCCCACCUCCUCACCUCACGGCUCCACCCUGACACGCAGCUCCAGCAGCGACAGCCUGCGCAGCGUGAGAGGAAAGCCGGGCCUGGUGCGUCAGCGGGCGCAGGAGAUCGAGACCCGGAUGCGCCUGGCAGGCCUCACCGUGUCGUCCCGGCUGAAACGUUCCAACUCGCUGGCUAAGCUGGACUGCCUCAACCUCUCCUCCGAAGACCUGUGCUCCGCCUGCUCCUCAGACGCGGGGACACUACUACUCCUCUCGUUGUCCCCGGAGCCGGACCACGGCCAGAAGUGGGAGCCCCCCGCCACCCCCACGCAACCCCGGAAGGACCCGCACACGUCCGCCUGGCCGUCCAGCUGACACGUCCAGCAGGGCUCGGUGGUGGUACUCCAACUCGUCAUAGAGCUGUCGCGAGGUAGUAAAAAAAUGACACACAACUGUCAUAUAAAGUGUUCACUUAUUCGCCACAUUGUUUGCCAAUCUGCUUUUGACACUGAAAGUCAUAUUGCUGUGUCUGACAAGUCAAGCCGUCAUCAGUUGGAUAAACAAGUGCCUUAUGUUUGAGACCAGAGGCACAACGUUUUGGGCAGAAGGAUAAGAGAAGAGCCUUUUAACCCGCAGCCCUAAAAGUACCUUGUGUGUACUGAAAUAUGGUAUGGUAUCCAUCAGCACUUAUUUUUUUACCAGUCGGGUACAAAGUAUUAGUAUUGUGCAUCGAUAAAGCUGAUCUAUCCCGUAGUUGUGAAAGUGUUCAUAAUUGUAGAGUUGUCACCUAUAUUGUAUCUUGUUUUAGAUGCCAUAGGCCUUCACGGAGAGCCAGUUCUCAGAUUGAAGUUGACGUACGGUGAUGAAAUUGACGUGUGACUCUAUUGCUUGUAUUCAGUCACGUGACUUCUUCCCGGAAGUGAAAAAUUUGGUGGUCAACCAAGCCAAGAUUUCUGUUGUGCAGCAAUGCGUGCGAACUGAGUACACAGGGGGUCUAGAUCUUCCUGCAAAAAGCAGAUAGGAGCAAAAAGUCUAACACUGCAAUGGAAUUUAUCCCUAUACUUGAUAAAAGAUUUGUCGAGUGAUAAAGGAUUAUCCGUCGGUCGCGUUCCCAGACAUGUCCAACUAUCUGGUGCUCCAGAUGCCGUUCUACACGACAAAACGGAUAGAAACUUGAAAAAGCAUAGAGGCCUUGGGUCAAGGAAAUUGCUAUCAAGAUUCUCGCAAAUAAAUAUGCAUUUUCUUUGCACGCACCGUUUACGAGUAUGUGUGUUUUUCCCCUUCUUGAUAAAAAUAUAACUAUAGAUGUCAACAGCUUCAUUUAUGAUUGCUGCCUUUUGUAAAAGCUUAAAUCUUAAGUUUUGCUCACACUCACCGAGUUGGUAGUUUACAAAACACUUGCAGCAAACAUGCGUUUUAAGAACUCCGAAACAAGAUAAAAUGCAAAUAUUAUCAAGAUGAUACUUAAAUGGGAAAUACUAAACCCUAAAAGUACAGUACAGGCCAAAGGUUUGGACACACCUUCUCAAUCAAUGCGUUUUCUUUAUUUUCAUGACUAUUUACAUUGUAGAUUGU